UUACAUUUGACUGUGGUCACUCCUCACUGUCCAGACGGAAUAGAUGGACACAGGACACUAGGAGACAAAGCGGGUCUGGCUGGCAAGAGAGACAUGGGCCAGGACGAAGACUUCAGAACAGGUUCCUUUCGAAUAGCAGAUGAAGAUGUCAUCCACACUGUCAUCGAUUUCCUGUCGUACCUCAAACUUAAAGAGAUGGGAGCCCUGGACAGCAUGUCUUCUCCUGUGUCAUCAGAUGAACUGGUCAAUCCCUAACAUCUCUCCUCCAUCUGUGUCCUCCAACAGUGUUUCAGAUAUUUGACCUCCCAGUUCUUUAAAUGUCCAAUUAUCUUAACUCCAUGGGCAAACUUAUAUUCCCCAACUAUACAGCUUGGCUAUUUCUGUUCCUGUGUAAAUAAAUCUUUUAUCUACUGAAGCUCA